GAGCACGCCGUUGUAUUUUCCAUUAGUGCCGUUUCACAUGUCUUGCUGUAAUGUUCUAGGUCUAAGUAGACCUUAAUAAUAAUCUACAUAUUUAUUAUUCACUAAUAAUUAAAUUAAUUAGUCUUUGUUCAGCCGUCACAAUGUUCAAUUAUUAAUAAUUAAUCGUGAGAUAUCUUCUGAUGAAAAUCCGUGUGUCAGUGAUGUGAUUAUCGUUAAAAGUGCUAUUUUCUUGGCUGUUGAGUAAAUAAUAAUUAAAUUUAUUAAUUAUUUUUUUUUUAAUUGGUUAUACAUAAUGGAAAAAUCUGUGGAAAUUGGUCGUAUUUCCGCGAGUGAUGUGUCUAUUAGUCAAAUAUUCAAGAGCUCAUUUGCCAGGUCUUUUGUUUCAAACUAUCACGACAACAAAAUUCUGGAUAUGGAUUAUUAUAAUGAUAAGCAUGAUAUUUCUACAUCCAGCGUCGACGAUUAUUUGGAUAAUUUACAAAAGAGCCUGCAGGGCGAAAUUACGAUUAAUAACACUUCCGGCAAUGCCUCGAGCCCGGAACCAGACGAACACAAUCUCCGCAAGCAAUGCCAGGUGUUAAGUGAAGAAAAUAAGCGGUUGCAGAAUGCACUUGCUCUUCAAGAAACCUCACAGUUUGAUUCAACUUAUCUUCAGAAUCAGGUUGAUACUCUCAAAUGGCAAUUGAAGCAGACUGAAUCAAGCCGGCAGAUGUACAGAUCAUUGAUGAAACAAGUGAUAAAUUUCUUGGAGCGUGCGCAAAAAAGCUGGGAUAUACUUCACGCGAAUAACAGCACCACCGGGCAGCGAAGUAAAAGUACCACACGUAAUAGCCGCAGUCAGAUAAUAUAUCCUGAGGAUUUAUCAAUUAACUCGUCAGUGCACCAGAGAUCAGUUCGCUCAACGAGUCCUACUUCUACCAGUAAAUUUACUCGCGCAAAAUCAGUGGCGCAGAUUUCAUCAGCACAUUCAUCGGGUUUCCGUGACUUUACUUGGUCGGUGCUGAGACGCAAUGACCCCUCACAAUCGCAAUCGUCAUCGCCAUCGGCUUCCACCGCGUCUAGAUCUAGCAAAACCGCAGAUCAUCGCUCAUAUCCACCGCAACCGAAUUUUAAUAAAUCAGAUGGUACUAUUUCGAAAUCUACAGAGAGCAAUUCUGUUGAGAAAAUUGAAAGUGAUCACAUACCACCGGAGAAAUUAUCUCAGGAAGCAUUUAGAUUGUUAAGAACCGCUGAGUCACUGUUAGCGAUGCGAGAACCCGACUUAUCAUUCUCGUCAUCAUCAUCAAGAAACUCAUCAUCAUCAUUAACUGCAUCGGCUGUCACCGGUGAUGAUGAAAAUACCUCUGCUUAUGUUAUAAUGGACUACACCCAGAGCUCGGACGGCAGUAAAUCCACCAACUCGAUCAACCUCGACGAUUUUUCCCAAAUCGAGGACUGUUUAUCAAUAAACGAGCGGGAGCCUGACAAUAGACUCAGUAGUUUUCACAAGUCAAGCAUGGACAUGUCUGCUGGCAGCACGAGCACUCUGCAGCCAUUUUCAAAAAGUUUUGACUGCGCCUCGUUGAACUCUUCGAGCAGAAAAAUUGAAGAAGAAGAGCACCACAGUAUUAGUUUUAACGUCAAUAUACAGAACAACAUUAAUAGUAAUAUUAAUAUUAAUGACAAAAAUAUGAGUAACAUAAUGAGCGAAGUAAGACAAUGUACUUCAACGCCAAAUUCUACAGUCAACAGAAGAGCCAAGUAUAAAUCACCAGCAGCAGAGACCAAGGAUCAAAGAGACUCGAGAUUAAAAGAGAAACCUACCAGCAUUAGCAGCGCUGAAGAUGAAAGUGGUUUCUCUUCAAUGAAUUCGUUCCAAGAUGUUGGUCUUCCCCAGCUGACAGUCAGACCAGCCACACCAGUUACACCAGUUAAGCCAGCUGGAUAUCACUCUGAAGUAGGGCUACCUGACGUGCCCUUGGACCGAAUUAAUCAUCGCAGGUGGUCAUCAACUCCCGCGGAAAUUCAAGCGAUGUUUCGACGUUAUAAGAAUACAUAUUUAUCGAACCAGUCAUCAAACGCCGAAACUCUCAGUGUCUGGGUCUGAAGAUUUAAAGUCUACAUACUACAUGGAAAUAACAAGAUGACACUGGAUAUCAUCCUAGAUUAUACUUAGUGAUAUCUGUGGUGAAAAAAAAAUUUAAGAUAGUAGCUAGCAAAAUCUAGAUUAUUAUACUGCAUGAUAUCUGGAUUAUACUCAUUGUAAUCUGGAUUAUACUAGCUAUUAUCUAAAAAAAAUUUUUUUCACUUAGUAUAAUCUGGGAUGAUAUUCAGUGUAAUCUUGUUCUUUUCGUGUAUCCAAGAUAUUUAGUGAUUGUAAAUAAAUAAAUGUUAAUGUUUUUGCAUACUUACAUACGUGAUACGUGAUAUGAUUUAAAAUAAAUUAUAUGUAUCUGUAA